AUGCCAUCGUGGAGGGACGCUACAGCGGUUCGUAAGCUCAGCGCAAACGUUUAUGAAUGCACCCUAAAAGAUGAUUGGUGCAUCGGAACUGUUCCCAAUGGCGGAUACGUGACUGGAUGUGUGCUUGAAGUCGUUUCCGCCCACUUCUCGACCGCCCUCUCGAAGCAGAACCAGCCGCAUACCAUCGCUCUCCACAUCGAGUUCCUGCGCCGAACACAAGUGGGGCCCGCAAUCUUCAAGGUCGAGGAUGUCAAGCUCGGCAGACAAGCCUCAAUCGUACAUGUUCGCAUGUCUCAGGAGGGCCGUGAGGAGGUCGUCGCCUACGCCACGAACUCGAACAUGGAUACCGAGAAAGGUGUGAGCUUCGAUACACAGUACAAAUUACACCCACCACCGCCAACAGUGGUUCUGAGUGAACUGGACAAGAACGGGGACAAGAAUUGGCAUUUGGAGGAGAACAUGCCCUUUCGAAAGUUUAGGAAAGCAUCGGCUCAGGUCAAAUUCCACUUUCCGCGCAGUGGCCAGGUUCUCCCGAAUAUAGCGGAUGAAUGGCUCUGUUUUCGCGAUGGUUCAAACUUUACGAACUCUUCGAUCGGAUUCGUAGCCGAUAUGUUCCCUCUAAUUGUGGAGUCGUAUCGAGACCAAAGCCAGGGACCUUUUUGGUACCCGACACUUUUGCUGAAUCUAGAUGUCAAGAAGGCCCUGCCGCCAGAUGGAGUAAAGUGGUUGGCUAUACGGGUGCAGGUGAAGAAAGUGAAGAAUGGCAGGAUGGACCUGGAAGUACACAUUCACGAUGAGGAGGGGGACUUGGUUGCACUGAGUCAUCAUGUAGGCUUUGUGUUAGACGCAGCGAGGAAUACGGCGGCGAGAAGGAAGCCAGAUGCCAAAAUAUAG